AUGAUGAAACUUCAGAUAUCUAACGAACAAGACAGGAAAGAAGCCCAAAAUAGAGAGAGAAAGAGACAAUGCGAGUUGGAAAGAAGAUCAAGGAUCUUCAAUGCUCGAAAUCGAAAGAUUGGUAUCGACCUACCGUUCUUGGAGCGGCAGGUGGCUGAGAAAAGAGUUGAGAGAGAUGAACAGGAGAAGAAUAAUCUUGCCUUUGCUAAACAAAUGAUCAAAGACAGCAAUUUAGCGGUGGUACUUGAAGCACGGGAACAAGAGGAGCGGCGCCGCAUUAACGUAGAAAUAGACGAGUUCCGAAAGAAUUACCAACGACUGGAAGAUCGCAGAGAGUACGAUCUCAACAACCCUGAUGUGUUGAAAGUUCAGCUGCCGCCGAGAGCGUCUGAUGGGGAACCAGUGGGGAUGUCUAGCGCUCAGAAAUUUGAAGGUGAAGAUUUGGAGUACGAGGAAAGAAAGAAAAUAAUGGCGGAACAGAAGAAUGCGUGGCUUGAACAGCAGGUGCAGGAGAGAAAGGCAGCACAGGAAGAGAGGAAAGCCGCUGAAGCUGCCUAUAUGAUGGCGAUUAAAGCAAGAGACGCGCGCGCGAGUGAAUUAGAUAAACUGGAGAGAGAGUGUCGAUAUCGACUGGGACAGGCCAACCUACGGUACAACGAAGCAUUGGCAGCUGAAAAGAAACAGCUAGAGCAAAUAAUGAAAGAGCAAGAGGAAGCCGACAACACGGCUGAGAUGUACAACAACCUAACAUCGGAUAUGCUCACUGAGAACCCUGACGUCGCCAAGAGUGCCCUCGGGAAGAACAGGGCCAUCGGCUUCAUGUACAAGGGGAUGAAUCAGGAAGAGUUGAAGAAAUUUUAUGCAGCGCAAAAAGAACAAAUGGCUGCCGCAAAGGCAAAACGCGAAGGUGAAGAAAAGAUGGAAGCAGAAUGGCAGGCGCUCGCAAAAUCCAUACAACGAGAGGUGGCGGCUCAGGACAUCGUUGACCAACGAAAGAGAAGGGAGAUCGCUCGCCAGCUUAUGGAGGAAAAUCAAUUGAUGGCUCUUCAGCAAAAAGAGAAAGAGAAAUACUACAAAGAAGUGGUCUACAACAACACUCCAACUGACGAUUACUACUCCCAGUUUAACACUACCACGAGAUAA